GGCCCGGCACUUGUACAGGGAAAAUGCCCUGGUUCUUAUUUUUGUUUUUGCUCAAAUCCUUGGCUGAAUUUGACAUAUUUUGGUCAUUAGUUUCACGUGCCUGUGAUUUGGGAUUGGUGCCCAGCCCUUCUUGAUUAAUGAUGUUAAUGGCGAUUAACAGUUGUUUACUCUUCAUUUUCCAUGGAGUUUUUGGGUGCAUCAAUUUCUUCCUCUGCUCCCAAAGUCUAUUCUAUACUUCGCACCAGUUCAAUCACCAAUGGGUCAACCCAAAUCUCGCCUAAAACUCUUAAAUUCUCCGUUUUUCCAAUUUCCCCUAGGAAACAGUUCAAGAUUUACAGUGGAAAGGCUAGGGAAGUUCAACUUCAGCAUAUGCGGCUAUCUAGGAUUCGGGCUCUGGGCAGUCAUGAUUAUGUACCUGAUGAACCUCCGCCGUCUGAUUCAAAUGGGAGAAAGAAGCUAAUUGUUAUUGCUUGUUCUACAGUUACUGUAGCACUAGCCAUUGCGAAUCGUGUGCUUUACAAACUUGCCCUUGUUCCCUUAAAGGAGUACCCGUUCUUUCUAGCUCAGCUCACUACUUUUGGGUAUGUUGCCAUAUAUUUUUCUGUGCUCUAUAUGAGAUACCGUUCUGGCAUUGCAACUGAUGAGAUGCUGGCCCUUCCCAAAUCACCAUUUAUACUUAUUGGGUUUUUAGAAGCUCUUGGAGUUGUAUCUGGGAUGUAUUCAGGAGCCAUGCUUCCUGGACCAGCUAUACCCAUAUUAGGUCAGACAUUUUUGGUAUGGCAGCUGGUUUUUUCUAUUCUCCUCUUGGGGAGGAGCUAUUCUAUGAACCGAAUCGCUGGAUGCUUUCUCGUAGCUGUUGGUGUAGUAUUGGCAGUUGCAAGUGGGUCAGAUAGUGAUCAAAUGCUCUCUGGAGUCGGGAUUUUAUGGCCUGCAAUGAUGAUAGCUUCAAGUGCCUUUCAAGCAGUUGCAUCUAUUGUCAAGGAAUUUGUUUUCCUUGAUGCUACACCUCGCCUGAAGGGAAAAUUGCUAGACAUCUUUGUUGUCAAUUCCUUUGGAUCUGGAUUUCAGGCUCUUUUUGUAUUCCUCUUUCUGCCAUUGUUGUCAAAUCUGAAAGGCAUACCAUUAACUGAACUUCCCUCGUACUUGAAAAGCGGAGCUGCUUGCUUCUUCAAUGUUGGAACCAACACUACAGGCUGUAAUGGAGCCCCAAUACUACCCCUCCUUUACAUAAUCGUCAAUAUAGUUUUCAACAUAUCCCUACUCAAUCUUUUAAAAUAUUCUUCUGCUGUCGUUUCUUCUCUUGCUGUGAUGUCAUCAGUGCCCAUUUCAAUUUAUAUCCUUUCCAUUCCAUUGCCAUAUCUGCCGGAAGGUGCAAGCUUGAGCCCCUAUUUUGUCUUGGGCAGUGUGAUUCUAAUGGUUGGGCUCGUCCUUUACAACAUAUCCUGGCCUCUCAAGCAAGACAAGAUUUUGUAACAAGGAUUUGUCAUACUUGAGGUCGAAUGGAUUCUCUGGGUCGUUCUUUAUUCUGUUGUCAUGCUUUCUUGUGAAGUCUAAUGUGUUUUCUUAUCGCGAAUCGUUCCACAUUAGAUUCAGUGGUUAUGUUGAACCUCCAGCACUUGUGCCUGAUGCAUUGUGCAGUUCCAGAAUUGAGGCUACAAUUGUGUGUAGUAAUGCAAAUGGAUUAUCAUUACCAGAACAAAAGCAAUUAAGACCACCUACAGAGUUCCACCUA